UGCAAUGCAUACAAGACCGAUGUCGACAAUCGACUAAACUUUGAAAUCAAGUUUCCGUGCUUAAGAGAAAUAUACGUGAGGACAAUAUGUCAGGGACUGACGUCAGGAUAACCGGCGUUUUGCGAGAAAUGAUAAAAACUUAGUCUGCUGCUUUUAUGCCGCCCGGCAUGAUUUUAUUAAUAUCCACGGCAGAAAACAAGAAGGGACCGUUAGAGCUUCAAGACGGCGCUGCUCGAAUGCCAAAAAUAAUCGGACUGGAGGUGAUCUUUGCGGUCGGUUUGUUUCGCAGUAGAUAGUACUUGAUCUGCUAUUGUGAGCUUUUGUGAAUCCGUCUUUUUUUUUAAGAGUUAAAGAAACGUAACGUUUCAUCGAGAACAAAGGGAAAGUAAAAGGAAAACACACGAGACGAUUCUUGCUCAUGUCGUCGACUGUAGGACGAUGUUGCAUCUUUUAUUUUGUGUUAAUGUUCGUCGCAUGUCUGGCUAAAAACGCGCAUAUUGUGACUAGAUGGGCGGACAAAUUGGGUACAGAGUUAUGGGAACUCGCAAACGAAGUGGCCCGGCCCGAGGAAUUGCUGGAAAAAUACAAGAGCAUGAAUGCGCGAGUUGAAGACAAGUCCGGAGAAGAUUUGAUCAACAUAAUCAGUGAAAAUGUAGGUAGGAUGCUGCGUCGAAAAAUAGACGCGGUUACUUGCAUUCAGAUAGCAGCUGAGAAGGCUGCGGAAAGUUGGGAACCUGUGAAGAAUUGGGACUCAAUUUUCUUGGAUGGCAACUUCUCUUAUGCUUCCAGCAAAUGCAGUCCUGCUCAUGUCAUCGGACAUGAUUCAGCAAAGAAAAUGAAAUAUUGUAACAGGACUGUAAAGAACAGUACUACUGGUGGCCCUGAACCUGUAGUCGUGUUCAGAGAAAUGGAAUUGAUCUCGGAUUCGCAUUUUUAUAACAUCCCAGUAAAUACAAGUUACUCAUCGGUUCAUAUACCGACCAACGUAUACGAUCUCACGCGAAAUGUAAUUGAAGACAUCGCCAAGAGUGAACCGUUGGACGAAACGUUUCGUCAGAAUUAUGAAUCCGAUCCGGCAUUAUCGUGGCAAUAUUUUGGUACAGUCACUGGUAUGCUUCGACAAUAUCCUGCUAUGCAAUGGCGAACAAAUAAGAAUGAUGAUGAUGGUGAUGAUGAUGAUGAUGAUGAUGAUGAUGAUGAUGAUGAUGAUGAUGAUGAUGAUGGUGGUGGUGGUGGUGGUGGUGGUGGUGGUGGUGGUGGUGAUGAUGAUGAUAAUGAUGAUUGUGAUGGUGAUGAUGAUAAUGAUAAUGCUGAUCUGUAUGACUGCAGGCUACGUAGUUGGUUUAUAGAGGCAACCACGUGCAGCAAAGAUAUGGUGAUUCUAAUGGACGCCAGCGGCAGCAUGAAAGGCAUGGAAAACACGAUCGCAAAGACAACGGUGAGCGCAAUUCUGGAUACCUUGUCGAACAACGACUUCGUCGCGUUUCUGAAUUUUUCCAAAGAGGCGACCGAGACUGUGCCAUGUUUUAAGAAUAUGCUGAUUCAAGCCACUCCGGAGAAUCUUGAUACUCUUAAGAAAUCCAUGGACAAAUUUCAGAUAAAUGGUACUUCUGAUCUCCCAGCGGCCUUCACUAAGGCGUUUAGUCUACUCGAAACUUAUCGGGAAACACGGGGUUGUGACGUGGACUUGCCGUGUAAUCAGCUUAUUAUGCUUAUUACUGAUAAUGUUCCCGGAGGGACAUUAGGAAAUAAUCUAAAGGAGGUAUUUAAAAAAUGGAAUUGGAAAGAAAAUAGUACUCAUGUACCGGUGCGAGUGUUUACGUAUCUUAUAGGCAAAGAAGCGACAAUGACGGACGACGUCCAGUGGAUGGUGAGAUCGUGUCUGAAUCGUGGCGACUGCUACAAUGUGCGAACUCUGGAAGAAGUGCGUGAGCAAGUGCUCAAGUACAUCCCGGUUGUGGCGCGUCCCUUGGUGCUUCAGAGUGUCGUACACCCUAUUGCGUGGACGCAUGUUUAUGCCGAUGUCACGAGUCCGGCACUUGCCGCUUGGCUGUGGCUGGUGAUGGAGCAUGAGGAACAAAAGUCGCGUCUACAAAAGUAUCUGAAAGGAAAACAGCUGGGCGUGCGAAUAAACGAGGAUGCAAUCUACAUACAGCAGCUGCACAAAGACGAGAAUAUUGAGGCGGAUCCGUCUACCCUGAACACCACCGCUAAGCAAGAAUAUAGACUGUUGACUUCCGUAAGCACACCUGUGUUCUAUCGCAAAAGCAACAUGACAGAUGCAACGAAUGACACAUUGCUCGGCGUGGCUGGCACGGAUAUACCGAUUGACGACAUUCGCAGGCUUACGUUGCCGUAUAAACUCGGUGUGAACGGCUACGCCUUUAUUGUAUCCAACAAUGGUUAUGUGAUAUUGCAUCCAGAUCUUCGACCGGUUUACAAAGGCCGCCUUAAAUUGAACUAUAACAGCGUCGACCUCACGGAGGUGGAGAUACAUGACGACGGGGGCGGACCGAGAAAUCCGGGUCCCAAAUUAUUGGAACUGAGAUCAGCCUUGGUGAAGCACCAACGAGGUAAUAUGACUGGGGUUCCCGUGAAAUUGCAUUACGAUGACAAUCGUCGGAUCAAUCUUGAGAAACGUGAUUACUUUUAUGCACCCUUACUUGGCACUCCAUUUAGCCUUGCGGUUGUUAUACCCAACUACGGAACUACUUGGAUUAAGGUCGGUGACGAAAUCCGCAGAAACCAGAACAUGAACGUAAAUGUGUCGGACUACUUUGUGGGCGAUCAUUGGCGCAUACAUCCAAGCUGGGUGUAUUGCCGUUAUCACUACCUAAAGGAUCAUAAAUUCAAUAGUUCGGAAGAUGAGUUGCAUCACUUCUUGGCGCUGAUGAGCCGACCUGGCUGGCGCUGGUCUGAGCAAUAUGAAGCUUAUCCAUCUAUAGAUGAAAAUGUCGAUGAAGAACCCGACUGUGGCAGUCGAACACUCAAGCACGAUGACUACUACUGCAACAAGGAGCUUAUGCAGUUACUCGUGUUUGAUGCCAAGGCAACAAACAACAGCUUUUACAGUGACUAUGUUGAGGAUUUGCCUCCGAAGGCUCGAAAUCUGGCACAUCUCUAUGGUAUUUUUGUAAGAUUUGUCGCGACGCAAAGCGGCCUCACUAGAUGGCAUCAUCUUAGGACCAGCAAAUCACCAGGUGUGGACGACGGCAUUGUCUUCGGUGACCUUUAUAAACGAGCAGUGAAUGAGCCUUGGUAUAAAGGCGCGAUCUUUCAAAAUGAGCUAGAUCCCGAUAGUAUUUCUUUAUCUGUUCCAUCGGAAGCAGGCGCAGAUGCAAUAAUAACAGCUUCGAUGAGCCUAUCGCCUAAAGACGGUGGCAAGAAAGCGCCGGCAGCCGUAAUAGGUUUUCAGAUGCCAAUGACAGAUUUUUACGAGCGAUUCAUCGCAAUAACUUCAGUAACGACGAACUCGAACAUGAAUUGUGCCCAUAAAUGGAUCGACUGCUACCUGUUAGAUCAGAAUGGCUACGUGGUGAUCUCGGACGCACAUAACGACACUGGGCAAUUUAUGGGCACUCAGGAGGGCGCCGUCAUGCUCUCCAUGGUCAAGCAGGGUCUUUACAAACCGGUAGACAUCUAUGAUUAUCAAGCAUGGUGUCAGGAAACCCGAAUCGGCAACUCCGCCAUCAGUUUGAUGGAGCCACUGCAACAUAUUGCAAAAAUGUUGCUCUGGUUUUUGCUACGGUUGAUAUGGUUUGCGACCCAGUUUGUAAACUUACCUGGUAUUCACGGCAAAGUCCACUUGGAUGAGGAUGCACCUGAUCCGCCACCACCACCGAAACCCUGUCUCUAUCACUAUCCCUGCGAUCAACAGCGAACGCUUUAUAUGUUGAAUGAGACAAUUGCUGCUAAAGGCAUUACCAACCACACCGAUUACUGCUCGCGACCUUUCUACGCUCAGAAAGUGGUACACACUAAUUUAUUGUUAGUUGUGGUGGACAGUAUGUAUCCGACAUGCUACAGAAGAUUGGAAGUAACACCCGUCACUAUCUUACCUUUUGAGUACACAAAUAGCACGGCCGACGAACCUUGCCACAAGAUUUCAUUAAACGAUCUGAAGAAACGCAGGCUGAGAGGUUGCUUCACGGAACAUCCUUUAGAGCACGUGACUUACGGCUGCGGAGCAUCCGAACUGAUGGUGUCCUUGUCGCUGCUUUUUUUUAUUCAUGGAAAUAACCCAUCUUGGCUUGUAUUAUAUCCAUGGUUGGAAAAUGGAGGAUAACUCUCAACAUCACAUCUUAUAACAUUAUAACACUUAUAAACUAAGCUAUAAUAUGUACGGAGUAGUACACAUUGAAGCCGCAUCAAGCAA